AAUCAGGGUCCUUUUUCAAUAUUUAUAAUUGCGAUAGUCAUAAUAUUGCAGCCCAUGGGGAGCAAGAGUGGAUGGGGGAGACAUGAAAAAUUAGAUUUCUAAAAAAAGUUACAGAAAAUAAAAUCAUACUCUAAAGAUUAUGUUAUUACCUUCUCCUUUGUCCUAAUCAAUAACUAUUGAUACAGUUGAGAAAAGAUGCUUAAAAGCCUGUUUUGUGACUGCUACUUAGGAAACCCAUAAAUUAAAAAAAAAAUUGUAGCAAUGUAAGUCUUCCUCCUUUAAACAAUGGAGCAAAUUUUAUACUUUGAGGCACACCUGACUCUCUAAAACAUACUGGGGAUCUUUCAGUGGCAAUUAGACUGCAUGAUGCAUAUGCAUGUUUCAUGUGAAUGAUGCUUAAGAAGGGAAGAAUUAAUGGGAACACUGAUUUUCAUCUAUUCAUUUAUACUAAAGAAGCUGUUGUCUUUUUUAAAACCUUCUGGAACAUUUGAGAUACAAUUAUUCAAUCUUUUAAGGGACCCUGGGUAAUUUUGGUUCAGGCUUCUAAGCACUUCCUAACCUGUACAAUCAGCUGCCCUUUGUAAAGUACUAUGAAAAUGUAAAACAUGAUAUAAAUGCCAUGUAUCAUAAUUAGUAACUUACUAGUUUACUUUUAUGUGUACGUUGAGUAUUUUGGACAGGAAAUACAGAGACAGAACAUACCUGUACUUCGGAAGAGAAUAUGUUAUGAUGAAAUGACUUGUUCAGAAGACUCCUUAAAGACAGCAAUAAAGGAAAUGUUUUAUCUUAGAACAAAAGCAUGGUGACUUCUGAAUAUUACAUCACCAAAUGAGGAACCCACAAGCAAGACAUAAUUUUUACUUGGCGGCACCUGACUUGCUGGAUCCCAAAUCGGCCACUCAGAACUCCAAACCAAGAUUAUCAUUUUCCACCAAGCCUACCGUGCUCUCUUCACGGGAGGAAAGUGAUUCGGCUAUUAAUGUUAUGAAAUGGAAGACAGUCUCAACAAUUUUUCUGGUGGUAGUCGUGUAUUUAAUAAUUGGAGCAACGGUAUUUAAAGCCUUGGAGCAGCCUCAUGAGACCUCCCAGAGAACCACCAUUGUGAUUCAGAAGCAGACGUUUGUAUCUCAGCAUUCCUGUGUGAAUGCAACAGAGCUUGAUGAACUGAUUCAGCAAGUAGUGGCAGCAAUAAAUGCAGGAAUCAUACCUUUAGGAAACACAUCUACUCAGAUCAGUCACUGGGACUUGGGAAGUUCCUUCUUCUUUGCUGGCACUGUUAUUACCACCAUAGGCUUUGGAAACAUCUCCCCACGCACACAAGGUGGAAAGAUAUUCUGUAUCAUCUAUGCCUUAUUGGGAAUUCCUCUCUUUGGUUUUCUGUUGGCUGGUGUUGGAGAUCAACUAGGGACAAUCUUUGGAAAAGGAAUUGCCAAAGUAGAAGAUACCUUUGUUAAAUGGAAUGUGAGUCAGACAAAGAUUCGCAUAAUUUCAACAAUAAUAUUCAUACUGUUUGGCUGCGUGCUGUUUGUUGCUCUUCCUGCAGUUAUAUUCAAGCACAUAGAAGGCUGGAGCACACUAGAUGCAAUUUACUUUGUGGUUAUCACUUUAACUACCAUUGGAUUUGGUGACUAUGUUGCAGGGGGAUCAGAUAUUGAGUACCUAGAUUUUUAUAAGCCAGUGGUGUGGUUCUGGAUCCUUGUUGGGCUUGCUUACUUUGCUGCUGUCCUCAGCAUGAUUGGAGACUGGCUAAGAGUCAUAUCAAAAAAGACAAAGGAAGAGGUAGGGGAAUUCAGAGCCCAUGCUGCGGAGUGGACGGCCAACGUCACUGCAGAGUUCAAAGAAACUCGAAGGCGCCUGAGCGUGGAGAUCUACGACAAGUUCCAGCGGGCUACCUCUAUCAAAAGGAAGCUCUCUGCAGAACUCGCUGUCAACCACAAUCAAGACCUGACUCCCUGCAAGAGAACCCUGUCAGUCAACCAUCUCACCAGUGAGAAGGACAUCUUGCCAGCUCUAACAAAGACAGACAGCAUUUACAUGAAUGGUUUGACACCGCACUGUGCAGCAGAAGAGAUAGCUGUUAUCGAAAACAUUAAGUAGCCGUGACUUUGGAUCCCAGUCCUUGAGAAGCUCUUGGCUUACACUAGCCAUAUACCUUUUUUUCUCCACCCUGUCAAUGAUCAAUGCUAAUAGCAUUUUAUAUGUGUGCAUGAGUUCCACAGAAACUACAGUCCAGAGUUACCAUCGCAUCUCUUCAAAGACACAAAGAUGAAUGGCACUUCUGUUAUCGAAAGAUGCUGGAACAAGCAACGUCUUCUGCCUUUAUCUGCCCAGACUGUUUUUCACUUCUCCUAAUGUGCCAUAUGGCCUCAAGAAUGAAUCACACUUGUUUAUGGUAACAAUGUAGCUUUGAGGGAUCAGUCCUUAAAUUUUCAGGGUCUACCUUACUGAGCCUAGGAAUGGACCAUUUCUGGACUACAACACAUUUGUAAAUGGCAAGAAAUUCUUAUGCAGCCUUUUACCUAAGAAAUUUUUGUCAGUGCCUUAUCUUUUGAAGAACCAGAACCUCUACAGUUCCUGUACGGUUUUUGUUUGGUUGGUUUUUUUGCAUGAGAAGUGUAUUUCAUUUGAGCUUUCAUUCUUCUUGAAACGACGGUGUUUUAAAGGUGUCUGUCAUGAAGAUGCCAACCAGCAUGAAUGAAUGCCAAAACUCAACAAUCAUCAAAUGAUGUUCUUAGCUCUAAAUUUAAAGGCACUGCAGUUUCAAAAGUUGCAAACAUGUCCCCCAGAAGCAUUUUGUUUUACUCAGGUCCAGCUGAUACUUGUUCACACUGACUUGUAGAAUUUGCAGACCCUCUUCGGGUCUUAUUUUUUUCAAGCAGUGUUCAGCAGUUGUUUUUCUCUGCGUCAGAUGUACCAAAAAAUCUGCAGCUUAUCUAUCACUAAAUGAUUUGGUAGAUGACAAGAGCAAAUAAAAAUUACUAUUUUGAGGAGAGGCAGGAGAGGCCUUUAAUUGCUGUAUUCUAAUAACCACAUCCAGAAAACAAUGCAGAAAAAUACAGCUAUUUUUAAUAAGCAUAAACCUUCUGCCAGAUAUGUGCUCCAUGAAAAGGAUUCUUAUCUUCCUCUUUAAGUCAAGGCACACCAGACGCCAUAUGAUAUUUUACCCAGGAAUCCUGCUGGAGUGCUUUCCUGAAUGUCACACAGUACAGUGGCUGCCUGUGCCGGAGCUGUGACUAACGUGGGAAUGCAAUUGAAACUGGUAUCACUGUGACUUUCUACAUUUCAAAUAGAGAUGGCUCUGAAUAUAAGUGCAGGCAUGAAGAAGAGCUGAUAAAUAGCACAAUCUGAAUACCGAUGAUUGUUCAGACAGGAUAGGCUAAUGAGAAGCAGAUCUAAACCAGACUAUGGGUUUUCUUUAUUGGUUUUAAGAAAACACAUUAAUUUUGUAUUUUUCUGUUUUGCUUAUAGGUGUACAUGAGAUUCAGAAGAAAUACAGGAUGGAAUGGAUAAUUUUGCAUUUUUUUCUUAUGUUAGUUUGUUGUAACCUGGCUGUACAUAAAAUGAAUAGAACAGGCCUUAAACAAUAAUUUAGGCUCUGUGUAAAUUAAAAAAGAAUGGGACUUUGCUGAUUAGGCAUGAUUCAAGUGGCAAAUCUUACAGCAUCUCUGACCAUUAGAUAACAUGCAAGAUAUGAAUGUUAAAGUUUUUUGGAUGCUUAGCUUGUUUUCUAAUAAAUAUAAGUUAAUAUGUAAAUUCAGUCAAUUCAGUGUAAAUAUCAAUCAAUUAACAUUUACAGAGAGUAUGCUUUUAAAAUUAAGGAAGUUUCAUGACACAGCACCGAGCAAUGCUCUUAUAACAAAGACCCUUGUCUCCCCAGCACAGUGUUCUGAAUGUCCACAUGGCAAGGGUUCGUCUUGCCAUGUAUAAACUGUGAAUUGUAAUGAAAAAUAAAGUUUUUAAUUAAAAUAAGCUUUUCUGAAUCUCCUGCUUGCUACAACUGGAAUGCUAAGAAAUAAUUUGUGAAACUGAUUUUUGUGCUUUCAUUGACUACUUUCAUUGACUACAGAGUAUAGCAGUUUGCCACCUACUUUAAUUUAAGCUGGUUUAGCAAUAAAGGCUUGACUCACCCA